AUGGCUGAUGAUCAUCGAGAUUUCUCUUUUGCAACUGUAUCAUCGAUCAAUCCAAUCGAUAUUCCAUUUAAAAUUACUGAUGUUGAAUCAUCAUUAGAUUCCUAUUCAAAUUUAUUUGAUAGAGCUCAACAUAAUUUUACUGCUAGUUCAGAACUUUCAUAUUCUAAUCUUGAUAAUGACGAAUCAGACAAAAAUCCAGUAUCAACUGUUAAUCAUAAUCGGACAUUCACUAAAGAAAUAUCAAAAACAAUGAUUAAUGCAUUUACAGGAAAACCUAUUAGUCCCAAUCCAUGGAGAAAAUUGUGUACAAAAAAUGUUCGACAUCAAAUAGAAAUAUUUCAAAGAAUUCAGAAAGCAUAUCAUCAAAACAAGACAAAAGUAUUACGAAAAAAAAAACAAUUGAAUGAUGAAAGAGUAGCACGUCAAUCACGCAGGGAUAUGACCAAUAAUCGACGAUCGAUUGACAGUACUGAAGAUGACAAUGAUCAAGCAUUUGAACAAUUUUUACAAGAACAUCGAAAUCCAAACGUGGUUGAGCCUCAACAAAACACACCAAUAAAACGUCGAAGAAAAAAAAGAAAUAGUUUACAAAAUUUCAUUCAUGAUUCAUCAUCAUCUUCGUCCAACGAAAGUAUUAAAGAAUAUUCACCAGACUCGAAUUCAAAAACGCAUCUUUUAAUGCAGACUGCUCCUUCAUGGCAACGACUAAUUGAUGUUUAUACAUCUGAAGAGUCUGAUGAGAGCAAUCAUUUAUUAUCAGCAAAUGCAAAUUUAACAAUUCGAUUGAAAUCUGAAAUUUAUACAUCUGACCAAUCAAGUGAAUCAUCCAGUCAUACAUCAUCAAGUUCUGCUUCAAUAGAAACUAAUAGUCAAUUACCGAUAAAGACUGAUGAUCAAGAUAUUCUAUUUAAUUUUCUUCAAUCGCUUUCUGAAUGUAUACCAUUCGAAGAUAAACAUCCUGAUGCUAAGCCAUAUUUUAUUCGAUCUGCAUUUAAGCGCAAAGACAAACGUCAAGAAUUAACCGAUAAACUUUUAUCAAUGUUUAAUCGUGAUGUUUUUUCUUCUCAGCUCUCAGGUAACACCAGCGCAAUAUGGAGUGGUCGUUUAACUGCCACUGCUGGUCAUUGUACAACUCGACGAACAGCACAAACUGCUAUAAUCACACUAUCGGUUAAAGUCUGUGACUCACCUGAACGUUGUCGUGAUACUCUUUUACAUGAAAUGUGUCAUGCAGCUGUGACUUUAAUUGAUGGUGUCAUGGAACACGGUCAUGGGCCUUUGUGGCGUCAAUGGACACGUAUGGUUGAACGAUGUUAUCCUUAUCUACCAUUGAUAUCUGUGAAACACACAUAUGACAUUGUUUAUAAGUUUAUUUAUUGUUGUGUUAAAUGUAAACAUGAAGUUUAUCGCCAUUCAAAAUCAUUGAAUCUUGAUGUUGAUGUUUGUGGUAAAUGUAUGGGGCGUUUUCAAUUAACGACAAAUCAUAAACAAAUUGAAACAAAUUCAGAACUACAAACACCAAAAAGAACAAUUAACAAAUAUAAUUUAUAUGUUCAAGAAAAUUUUCAAAAAAUAAAACAAGCCAAUCCUCAUUUAUCCACACCACAAUUAAUGAAACAAUUUAGUGUUGAGUAUAAGAAGAACAAUCAACAAAAAAUAAUUGAUUUACCUGAUUUAGAUCAAUUGAAAAUUUAA